CUUCUCUGGCUUCUGGAGGGACCACCGUUGCGGCGGCUUCGGCUUCCACCAUCUGCGUUCGGGCUAAACGGUCACAGCAGACGCCGCUGCCGGUCUCCUUGUGCCUGGUUCUGUCCGUAUUCGUUCCCAGGAGACCGCCUCGGUUCCGGCAGCGGCUGCGGCCGACAUGUUGUGAGGCGGCGGCGCGGGUGUCUGAAGGAUGGUUUGGCAGAGGCGGCGGCAUCGGCUGCUGGCGGCGGCGGCGGCAGCGGGGGCUCCGGUUCUGUAGAGCCUUGCCCGCUGAGUGUCCGCCCUGUUCCGCGGCCAGACCAGUGCCCCCGGACCUUGCCUCUGCUCCGCGCCGUUGGGGAACGGUUAGACGACGGCGCACGCCCCUCUGAGGAGACACGAAGGGGGUUUUCUAGUGCUCAGAUUCCGGACCACCUUGUCUUCCCCUCUCCGACCUGGGCAGUGCUGUCCCCAGAAUCCUCAACACCCCCCCCCCCCCAACUUUGCUCCCAAUCUCGCCUUAAAUCUUUCUCACACACACGGGUGUUCCCCUCUCUCUCCAGCCACCCCUGGCCCCUUAAUUUUCUGCACGCUCAUCUCAGAGGGACUCCUGGAUCGCUCUCCGAGGGCGGCCUUUUGAAAAAUCGUCGUGGACCAGAGUUAAGGAGUUUUUAAAAGUCGGGGCGCGAGAGAGAAGGUGCGAUGGCUUCCUCAUCUGGCAACGAUGAUGAUCUCACUAUACCCAGAGCUGCUAUCAAUAAGAUGAUCAAAGAGACUCUCCCCAAUGUCCGGGUGGCCAACGAUGCCCGGGAGCUGGUGGUGAACUGCUGCACUGAAUUCAUUCACCUUAUAUCUUCUGAAGCCAAUGAGAUUUGCAACAAAUCGGAAAAGAAAACCAUCUCGCCAGAGCACGUCAUACAAGCACUAGAAAGUUUAGGCUUUGGCUCUUAUAUCAGUGAAGUAAAAGAAGUCUUACAAGAAUGCAAGACAGUAGCAUUAAAAAGAAGAAAGGCCAGUUCUCGUUUGGAAAAUCUCGGCAUUCCCGAAGAAGAAUUAUUGAGACAGCAACAGGAAUUAUUUGCAAAAGCUAGACAGCAACAAGCGGAAUUGGCCCAACAGGAAUGGCUUCAAAUGCAGCAAGCUGCCCAACAAGCCCAGCUUGCUGCUGCAUCAGCAAGUGCAUCCAACCAGGCAGGAUCUUCUCAGGAUGAAGAAGAUGAUGAUGAUAUCUGAAAUUCACCAGCUGAGUUUCUGUUUCCUUUAAAAUGUUUUUCCCUGCACAAGAAAACAGUGAAAAAAAUGCUUAUCUGUAAUUUUGCAUCUUGGUGGACUUGCCAUUGGUAUUCUAGGGAUAUCUGCUGUUAAGUUUCAUCUGUUGUGUGCUAUUCAUGUAAAAUCUGUCUCUUUGAACUGUUGAAAAUUUAAGGUUCAGUAUAAUAUCAAUUUUGAAUUUUUAAUGGUGUUUAUGAAAUUUUAGAUAGCAGUGAGUCUGUUUGAUCAAUAAACAGUGUUACAGAAAACUUCAAGUUUAUAAAAAUACAGUGAAAUUUAUACAGAAGCUCUAAAUCUUCAUUUGCAUUUCCUCUGCCCUUUUAACUAAACUAAAAAUUGGGAAUUUUAAAUUAUUUGGGGGAGGUGCUGUGUGAUAUAGUAGACAUUAGAUCAGGUUGGUGAAAAAACAAAGCUCAGUUUUGCAGUAUCUGGAUUUUCUCUUUUAAAAUGAGUAUAUGCAUACAGGCAAUAAACAUACAUGCUCAGAUAAAUAUACUUGUUUAAAAAAGAUCUCAAAACAAGGCAUUCAAAAACUAGAAAGGAGUAUGUUCAAUAGUAGUUGUAAAAUUUGGUAGGUUAUUUUUUCAAUUUUGUUUUUAUUUUAUGUAGAGCUAAAAACUCGUUUUAUUAUAGCAUAAUUCAUCUUCAGCUACACUAUUACAUUUCAAAGACUGCCCAGUUUUGAGGACUGUCAUGAUUCUUAGUAUUUCACUCCAGUAAUCAUUAAUAGUAUUACUUGCUUAGUCCAUCUUGUGAAACAAUUGCUUAGGUUGCAUUGGUUGGUUCACGAAUAUUAAGACCUUUGCUAGGGGAAAGAAAUGACAGUUAAUGAGCAUGCUUGUUAUAAGAGGGGAUUCUUUUUGUAAUUUAACUUGUAGUUAUAGUUUCCUUGUUGUUUGUUUUUAGCGUUACUUUUACAGUUUCUUGACUAGAUGGCCUAGAAUGUCCAAUACUUCCUUUGAAAUGGCAUCAUUAUCUCCAUCAUAAUUGAGUGAUAGCUUUAAAAAAUGUUUUGUUUAAGAAAAUGUGUCAUAAUUGAUUAGCCCUAUAUGAAACAUAAAUAAUUUUAACCUGCUUAUUAAAAGGGAAAAGCUUUAAUUUGGUUCUAAUAAGUAAAGUAUGAUAGUGAUUUUUAUAGGAAUCCAGUGUUUUGAAGAACUGGCCUAUUGUGUUUAUAUUUUGAAAACAAAAUGGAAAAGCCACUUGAAAUAGUAUGAAGUAAUCUAAAUUACUAUGUCAGUUGCCAAAUCAUUUAAAUUUGUGUAUUCACCAGGUCUAAAGAUAGAUUGUGGCUGCUAGAAUUCCAGUUUUAAUUGAAGAGCUAAAAAAGUCAAAUGUUCAAGUAUUAGAUUUCUUAAUGAUCAUAUUUUGCAGUUUUAUAAAAAGUGAAAUAUUGUUAUACAUUUAUUAAAUACACUUCUUCCAUGCCACAAAUAGGUUAAUCCUGCUGAACGUUUGAGUUAAAGGUGAUACUGUACCCAUGAGUGCGUUUGAACAAGAUAGAAGGGAUUGUUUUUUUAAAAGUUUAAGUACCAAAGGUAGUCUAGUCUAAGAAAUAAUAAGUUAAUAAGUGUUGGCUUUUCUAAUUUGUACUGUAACAUCCUUAUACUUUCUAUUUUAAGUGUAUCUGUUUCUUAGGAAAAAACAUAGAUAUUUUCCAUACCUUUUUUUUGAUGCAGA